AUGACAACGCCUUUCACGCCUGCGGCAGGCAGGGGCGGCGUGCUAGGGCGGAUGGCGGACCCCCAGGGCCUGCUGACCCCCGCACACUUGGCCGCUGCUGCGAGGUGUAUGUACACCCGAAUCGACUCGUUCACCGGCGAGUACAAGUUCCUCUCCCUCGACUACCCCUGCCUGGUUUUCUUCCAGGGCAGGUUCUUUCCGUCCGCCCGCCACGCGCUGCUUGCCUCGCGCUACCCCAAGGCCGUCGACGAGCUGAGCAACGUCGAAGACAUCAAAACGCUAAAAAAAGUCGCGAAGGAAAAGGAGGAGGAUCCCGACUGGCAGCGCCUGAGGCUGAAGUGGCUGGAGCACAUCCAGCGCGACAAAUUCCGGCGUCACGCAGAUCUUCGCGAGAAGCUGCGAAACACCGGCGGCCGCGAGCUCGUCUGGCUGAACAACGGCGACAGCUUCUUUGGGCAGAUCGGCAACCGCGGACAGAAUCACUUGGGCCGCAUCCUCAUGGAAAUUCGAAACAACAUCAACGAAGACACCGAGCUCGAAUCGUGGAUUGUCAUCUGCCACGACAUUGAGACCGACGAGAAGUCGCUGCCCGUGCUGAAGCUCUGUGAGAGGAAGGAGGGCGAGACGCAGGUCACGGAAAUUCUUCUCAAAGGCAAAAGCUUCUACCGCAUAGGAAAACUGCCAGACAACGAUCUCGUUGCGUUGAAUCCCUCCAUCUCGCGACGGCACGCCGCUCUUGCGUUUCAUCUCGCCAUGGCGCCCUCGCGUGCGAGGACUGUCGCGUCUCUCGAAGCCAACUGCUUCUUUGUACACACCUUCUAUAUGAACGGUGUCGCCCUCGAGAACGAUCACGUCGGUGUGCAGAUCGAGUCGAAUGACGUUUUCAGCCUAGGAACGUCGACGCGGCACUAUCUCUUGGAGGUCGACAACGCGGGGAUCCUAGAGUACCUGCAGCGACGCAGCCGCGAGCUGCGGAGGGAGUUGGCGAUCCUUGAAGACGAAGUGGAUCCCGAGCAUGCGAUGAACAAAAGCUCCAACAGGAUUUUCGUCGGCGGCCUCGCCUACAACACAAGCCGCCACGACAUCUGCGAGCUGUUUGGCCCCGUCGGGCCUAUCGUGGACGUGACGGUGCCGCAAGUAGAUCGUAGCAUCCCUGCGGACUCAGAAGAGGCGUUUGCGGUUCGCGGCAUCGCCUUCGUGGAGUUCGUGGAAAAGAAGGAUGCGCGGACGGCCUUGGAGCUCGCAGGGAAGUAUUUGUGCGGGCGACCCAUUACGGUCAAUUACGCGAAUUUAACGAAAGAAGAGCGAGCAGUGCAGAAUGCCCUCUUCGCGGACGAGAAGUCGCUCACGUCGUUUGUGCCGGCAACGGCCAAGACGUUUGAGCACCCUACGCAGAGGUCUCUGCAGACCGGCGUUAACGUAAGCCCCGCGGGCGACUGGAUCAAGAAGAAGAGUCGUUGGGACCUGCACGACGACCGGACGGAGAGGAACUACGGCGACGACAAGCGCCAUCCGAGUGACUUCGGCAUGCGUUCAGAGAAGGAAAUUCGGUGCCCUCCGCCGCCGACUGGGAACUUCAGCGGCGGCUUUUCAAGCUCUCCCCCCGGGCGCGACUGGCGCAGCGGAAGGGAGGCGUGGUGCGAGGUGGAGGCCGCCGAGCGCAGCGCGCGACACGAGAGAGAGAGGGAGAGAGACGCAGAGCGCCUCGUAGAACGCAGAGAAGACCGCGGACGCGAGUCCGACGACGAGCGCGAAAGGGAGGAGGCGCGCGAGCCCAGAGAGGCAGACAGAGCCGAGCGAGAUCGGCGGAGAAGAGACAAGGACGACGCGGAGAACGACCGUCGAAAGCAACGCGACGAGGAGACGGACGUGCAAGCCAAGGAGAAGCGACGCAGAGACGACGACGCGAAGAGCAGCAGCCGGCGCAGAGAUAAGGAGGCGCACAACGACAGCGAGGCGGGCGAACGGGAGGCCGAGAAGAAGCGCAGAACUGCGACGAAGGGCGACGACGAAAAGGACGCGCGAAAACACAAAGGCAGCCACCACGACGGCGCGAGCGAGCGACGGAGAGACGACAAGGAGCGCCGGGAGAAGAACGACAAAGAGAAAAAGAAGGAAAAACACAAAAAAUAA